AUGGGCGGAAGGUGUGAAGCAUGCAGAGCAAACAUAAAUGUUACUCAAAAACGAAUAAAAUGCACACAAUGUUCGCAUAACUACCAUUCAGAGUGCAUAAAUUUUAAUAAUGAUACUGCUUCAAGAUCUGAAUGGAAGUGUCCCGAUUGCACUGCUUCUUGUCGAAAAGGUGGUGAUAACAGUAACACUCCGAUACGAACUAAUAAGUCUCCUUCCAACACCGUUUACGAUAAAACUACGUAUAGAUCAUCAAAAAAAAGUUCUGACCAGCCUACAUGUAUCACUGAGACCAGUAGUUGCCAACCAUAUAAUUUGGAAUUAAUUAAUAGCAUAGAGUUACUGUUAGACAAAAAACUCAGUGCUAUAAAAUUCGAUAUAAUUCAAGAGUUGAAAUUAUCACUUAUCACUGAAAUAAAAAAUGAAAUAACUAGUAACCUUAAACAGCUGGAAGAAUCGCAUAACAGUUUGCUAAAUGAAUACAACAAUCUUAAAAGUAAGUUUGAAAAACUUCAACAAAAUGUCCAGAAUGGCGAGAUGAAACUGGCGGAAUUAUGUGCGCAAAUAAAAAAAGAACAACAAUGGGGUAGACUUUCGAACUUAGAGAUUGUUGGUUUACCAGAAAACUCAAAAGAAUCGACUUCUGAAAUAAUAAUCAAAAUAGCCAGCCAUGUAGGAAUAAAGCUUACGGAUGAUCAAAUUGUUUUUGCGCACCGAGUUCAGCCUAUGCAGAAUGUUGGAGACGAAAUAGAAAACAACAUGUUAAAUGCAAGACAACCGUUGACUUGA